GCGGUGGACAGUGCUCUAUCACUUCCAAUUAGCCACCCGGAGAUCCCGGAGAUGCCGUUUCCGAGAUCAAGUAAUGGUGAUGUUGUCAUUAUUGAUAGAACGACGUAUCGACCUGUGAUGCCAAGUGGUGGCAGCCACCGCGUCACGGGUUCAACUGGAUCGAUUGAGUGGAAGAAAUGGAUGUCCUCGGAGGUCGCAAAACUGGAGAGGUCAAAGGAGAACGCAAGCACGUCUUAUGUCAAUUACACUUUGCCGACGAUGCCAAAAUCAUUUCAUGCCAAGCACGUGCGAGAAGCUGCUCAGAUAAAUGACGACGACGACGAGAUUUCUCAACCGAAAGCUUAUGUUGCCAAGCAGCCACUUGGCCUAGUUCAACAACAAAAUCCAAACAUUCCUAGUGCGCCGGCCCUGAAGCCAAUUCUUAAGAAUAGAUCUGCCGUUUCGCUGGUCGAGAACACUGAAGUACAAAAAGAAGGCACCUCAACAAUUCCAAUACCACCACCACCUCCUCCGAUUCCUGUCCGGUCCCCUCUCAGGCCUAUGCCCUCCAAGUCGUCUCUGCGUUCUGUCGCUACCGUCAACACUUCCCGCACUGCGAGCGCACCCAAUUCUGCUGUCAAAGUCUCAAGCUUGAGUGGCAGAAACCUAUUGCACAAGAGGAAUGGCUCCCAGACUACACUCCGCAGCACCAAGAGCGCAAGCAUCAAAAGUGUCGAGACGCCAGCAAAACUAGUGAAGAGGGCCGGCCGUCCAAUAAAUGUCAAUACCCCGAGUCCAGGCUUGGGCUUGGCUGUGGAGGGUCAAUUUGGCUCUAGAUCCACUAACUCGAGAUGUAGAACUCCAGGAAUUACAAACAGCGAGAACAUCAAGGAAGAGAAAGAUGAUAUAUAUGGAACAGAAGGUGCUGGGCUUGUGGGGCCUAGGAUGAGUGCAAGUGAUCUGGAGGCUCAAGCGCUUGGAAGUAAAAGGAUGGUGGAAUUAUUUUUGAGUUCGAGACGUAGGAGAAUCGCAGGUGGAAGUGAGGAGAGUGGAGCCGUGUUUUUGUAGUAUUCUGGUUGAAUCACUAUUUCCAUUGGUGCUUGGGGGGCAAUUGGGUUAUUGAGGGAAGACCGCCUUUUGUAUCUUAUUCAUGCGCGGCAUAACGUUAUGGUUUGAAAACGAAAAUACAAAUAGACUUGGGCAUUGGGCAUUGGCAAGGGGCAUUGGUUAGAGGAAUCGGAGCCCCCCAGAAAGACGAAAAUUUUCGUUCUUGAGAAUAGAUGAAGUUUAUAGGAAACCGGCGCGGUGCAAUAACUGGGUGUGCUUCUCUCGUGCGCUGUACUGUUUCGAAAUGGGCACAGCGAAGGGUGGAUUAGUCGAAUUGGGAUCGA